GAGAGGCCUCCGAGACUGCAGCAACAGGAACAGGCCUGCCUCACCUCAGUUCUGACUCACUCUAGCACAACAGUAUUCAUUCGCCUAGUCUCAUGAUAACAGCUAAAGAACUGUUGUGUAUCACAGAGUAAUUGUUUGAUACAGUUUACGAAAUCACAUCAGUGGAAACAUAAUUGCAUUCGUGUCAUCGAGAAAUAAGGAUAUUAUACGUUAACAAUGUGGCUUUGGAUCGUUGGAAUUAUUUCGUUAAUUGUGGCUGUUCGGGUCAUCUACCAAAGACAGUCUGGGGUUUGUCCUUCGAAAAGAUUAUUGGAUGGAAAAACUGCAAUAGUCACUGGUUCUUCAGCAGGUAUCGGGAAGGAGACAGCGAGAGACUUGGCCCGCAGAGGCGCGCGUGUCAUCCUCGCUUGCAGAAAUGUAGCGAAAGCGCAGAGAGUAGCAGACGACAUCAUCGGGACGACCGGGAACGGCCAAAUCUACGUCAAGCAGCUGGACACCUCCGACCUCAACUCCGUCAGGAGGUUCGCAAAGGACAUCAUCGACAACGAAAAACAGCUCCACAUUCUGGUGAAUAACGCUGGAAUUGUGGCUCCCGAUGAUAAGCAACUAACCUCGGACGGUCUGGAACUAGCGAUGGCAACCAAUCAUUUCGGGCACUUCCUCUUGACCAACAUGCUCUUAGAUCUCCUGAAGAAAAGUGCACCAAGCAGGGUCGUCAACGUCUCCUCAGAUGGUCAUUACUUAUGCAAGAAUUUCGUGGUAGAAGACUUGAAUUAUGAGAAGAGACCCUAUCCAGGCUCUUGGGCCAGUUACGGACAGACCAAAUUAGCUAAUAUCCUUUUCACGGUGGAAUUGGCUGAGAGACUAAAAGAUACAGGGGUAACAACGAACGCCCUUCACCCGGGAUGUGUAAACACUGAAAUCUUCUAUAAACAAGGAUCCAAAAUAUUAGGUUAUUUGUUUGGAUUUCUCUUCAUACUAAUGGCAAAGGAUGAAUCUCUCGGUGCUCAGACUUCUAUCUACUUAGCAGUGUCUGAAGAAGUGGAAAAUACCACGGGAGAGUAUUUCGUUGACUGCAAGAUUACACCAACGAAGUUAGAUCUGGCCAAAGACCGUGGAAUGGCCAAGAAACUCUGGGAGGUGAGCGAGACACUCGUCAACCUUAGUCAGGAAGACCUCAGUUACGGAAAAAAAUAAAAAUAAGAAAAGUUAUUUUGACUCCUCUCUCGGGAGAGGGUUCCCAGGGCCAUUUCCUAAAUAAAAAUCUCUACAGUAGCAUUUAUGCGGGAAUUCUUUACUCGAAAAUCAUGGUAGCAAUUGUAAAAAAUAUAUUCAAUAUAAAAAUUUCUAAGAACAUGUUUACAGAUUUCUUCACAUGGUGAUCAAUUAGCUUUUAUUAAGUGAAUUAGAUGAAUUACCUGAGAGACGAUCCUUUUAAACGUUUUCAUAUGAAAUUCUCUUCGAACAUUGCUGAUGGAUUUGCUGUUCUCCCGAAUCGCUCUAAAGCAUCAAAAGUUAAUGAAAGCAUCUUCACUCGUUAUGUUUUCGUACAUAAAUUGUAAAAGCAUC